AUGUCGGUGCGUCAGUACACUUUCGUUGUCAACGUUGGCGCCAACCGAACUUUACAGACCCUCGUAGAUCUCUCACUGCUCGUGUCGAACUUACUUGAAUCCGUGCACGAGAUCUGCUCCGAUUUUCGCGGCACGAAUUCGCGACACGGACUUAAUCUGGUCUGA